CCCAAACCUAAUCCUCGGCCUCCUCUGUGCCAUGCAAGGCUGCAGAAGCAAAGCGCCGCAGCGAGAACCAUGUCCGACGAAGUAUCGAGCUUCUUGCGAGACGUGGAGCAGUUGAAGGGACGCCGCACCGAAGAGGACGAAGCAAGGUCGAGAGAGCUUGAAGAGAAGAUACUACAGGAGAGGCGCGAGAGGCAAGCCCGCCGCGAAGAGCGAGCAAGGUCCAUCUCACCACAGAAAUCCUCACCUGCCAACACUCCCCCGCCUUCGUCGCACCGCAAUCAUAAAUCAUCGCAAGGUUCGCUGGAUGAUAUGAGCCUUGAGAAACCACCAAAUUUCCGAGUUCCGGAUACCGCAAAUGCCUCCAAUGAGGACAGAAUGGGCCCCCCCGAGUACCACCAGUCUACAUCUCCUACCAAAGAGAACGAGUCGCCAUCCGACAUCGAAUCAAAAUCUGCGAGCAUGACAUCUCCCACUGACGCAACAUCCCCGACGCGCACACUCACAUGGCAACGAAGACCACCUUCGCGUGGUGCUGAUCGACCAAAGAGCCGUCCGCUAUCCGUGUUUGCCGCUGAAAACGCGGUUGCUCGGUCUUCGGCAGAGCAAACUGAUUCCACACCAUCUCGGGACCAGAUCGCGCAAUCGCUGGCUAGCAAAGACCCUGCAUGGUUCAAACAGACUGCCGAUCGAGGCCAGAGCUCGCCAGCCUACCGUCGCAGUCAGGUUGAGGACGACUCGGAACGGACAGACAUGUCUGCUUUCAAGGUAGAAAUGCCAGGCAUGUCUUCGCAAUCCUCCCAGGCUUCGGCCGAUCAAAGACCUCAAUCGGCUUCCACUCAUAUAAGGACCGGCUCGGCCUUGUCCCUCGGACCUCUCCAGAGGUUGGAUCCUCCAGGAGCGGAUGCCUCGCGAGACGGCGAUUCGCCAUCUCACGAUCGAUCAUCUGUCACAUCACCCACUCUGGGAGGCCGUCGUUCCCCAAACAGACCACUAUCCCCAACCAAAGGCAUGGGUGGAUUCGUGCAGAGCGCCAUGAUGAAAAGGACUGAUAGUGUCAAGAGAUGGAGUGUGAGCUCGCCGACUGGUUUGCAGCGGGCCGACACAGUCACGUCACACCGGAAUAGCGUCUCGGACUUGAAUCGUGGUGGCCCCUCUCAGUCAAACUCUCGACCGGCUAGCUUCUAUCAAAGUGUCUCGAGACCAUCGUCACGCCCUUCGUCCAGGCCGACUUCCAGUCACGCCAACGAUGCUGCGCCCCAACCUGAAGCGAGUGUAGGUGCGAGUGGCAGUGGCGAGGGACAACCGGAGAGCAUCGUAGAGAAGAAUACAGACAAGUAUGCGGAAGACAAGACGACACCGCCAACAAGUCCGUCGAAGACGAUGGAUCCUAGGCGCUGGAGCCCAUCUAAGAAUUCCAGUUGGCUGGAGGCAGCGCUUAACAAGCCAGACUCGCCGAAGCCCAAGCCGGCCCCACCAACAAGCUCACAGCCAGCUUGGAUGGUCGAGUUGAACAAAGCCAAGGCCCAGAAGGCCAACAAUCCCGAUGCUGAGAUCGCCCGUACGUCCUCGGUAAAGCAUGAAGUAAGGGUAGGAGGGCUAAUGCGUGCCCCACCAAUGGGCACAGGUGUGAAACCGACACCGCUCCCCGGUAAGCUUCACUCCCAGUCAAUGUCAAUAGGAGGCGAGAGCUCGCCAGUGCCCAGCUUGCGCAACCGCUUCUCCAACCCCGCGAUUGGUUCAGAAGAUGGUGGCCAGGCCCAGGGUGGUGAACCUGCCGAGCGGAGGCUUGGCUCUCCUGCUUUUGGCAAACCGAAACCCGAGACACCACCAAAGAAAGAUUUCCGAGGUACACUCAAAUCCUUCCAGGCUCCUGCAUCGGCCUCUCUUGGUGGAGAUGGUAACGAGCUCAAGAGCGUGUUCGGAAGUUUGCGAAAGACCAAGACGCAGAACUACGUUGCGCCGGACACGUUCAAGGACAAUAUAUUGCGUGGCAAAGGUGCUCUUAAUAUCACAGGCGGGCCCAAACCCUCAGUACGGAAGGACGAAUUCAAGGAUGCCAUUUUGCAGAAGAAAGCCGAAUUUCAAAAGGCAAAGGAGGAGGGUCGCGGCGUUACUAGGGCAGCAGGCGAGCCUAAAGAUGAGCCGAUCCCAGAGGGGCUUGCCAAGGCGCUGGAGCAGCGAGGACGUUCAAGCACACUGUCUACCACUAAGAAGGAAGCAGGACCAUCCGAGCCCAGUCGCGAAACUACUACCUCGCCCGCAAAGCCAGAAAGGACCAGCAGCGUCCCUACGGGUGAUCAGGAAGUAGCCGGCGUUCCUACCAAACCACAUGCCAACACUUUACCCAAGGUCGCAGGAGGUCGUCUUGCAGAUCGCUUCAACCCGGGCUUGGCCAAUCUCUUGGCCCGUGGGCCCCCUGGUGCCGGGGGUCCGAGUAAAUCAUCGGACUCCAGCUCAGUGGCGGUGGUCUCCGAGGAGCCUUCGGCCCCUGGGCCUCAAUUGACCCAUAUGACUAAGGGUCGGGCGCGAGGACCUCGCAGGAAAGCGCCGACUUCAGUCGCUCAGCCAGCGCAAUUACAGCCUUCCGAGCCCCAGAAGCUAUCUCAUUCGCAACCAAAGCAUGAGCCAGCUCGGAGUUCCCAGGAUGAAGGAAAAGUCUCUCAUGUUGGCAACCCUGCCGUUAAGUCCCCGAAAAUUGUACAAGAGAAUGAGAAACCUCGACCGAUAUCCGGCAGUGGCCAAGCGGGCCCGACCGAUGUUGUCAGCUUGGUUGAGUCAACGAGGCCACGAUCGCCAACUCGCAAGAUUCACGAGCAAGUGGCCGCCCUGGCAGCGCGAAGCAGGCAAGGUGAGGCCGAUGGCCCCGUAUCACAGCCAUCAUCCCCGAAGAAGUUAGACGUCAAGCGGAUGUCAAAGUUUUUCGAUGAGCCCAGCCAAAACAACCAAAAGCCCGAGGGCGAAGCACCGCGUCCACUUUCACCGCAGAAGACUGGAGGGGCGCCGAGACCUCUCUCUCCACAGAAGACUGGCGGCAGACAAUUUCCAGAGGUAGAGGCGCCUCGGGCUUUGUCGCCACAAAAGACGGGUGGUAGACAGUUUCCCGAAGCAAACGCGCCUCGGGCUCUGUCUCCACAAAAGACAGGCGGUAAACAGUUUCCCGAGGGCGAAGCACCGCGUCCACUUUCACCGCAGAAGACUGGAAGGGCGCCGAGACCUCUCUCUCCACAGAAGACUGGCGGCAGACAGUUUCCCGAGGUAGAGGCGCCUCGCGCUUUAUUGCCGCAAAAGACAGGCGGUAGACAGUUCCCCGAGAUGGAGGCACCUCGAGCUCUGUCACCACAGAAGACUGGCGGCAGACAAUUUCCCGAGGUAGAGGCGCCUCGGGCUUUGUCGCCACAAAAGACGGGUGGUAGACAGCUCCCUGAGAUGGAGGCUCCACGGGCUUUGUCGCCACAAAAGACUGGUGGCAGUCGAUUCCAAGGAGGCGAACCUGCACGGGCCAUAUCACCGCAAAAGACUGGGGGUGGGCGAUUCACCGAGGCCGAGACUCCCCGUCCACUCUCUGUGCACAAGACAGGACCAUGGCAGCAACCCGUUGCUGAGACACCACGCCCGCUCUCCCCUCAGAAGACCGGAGGGCGUAUUAUUUCGGAUCAGACAGCGGUGCGGCCUCUAUCGCCUCAAAAGACGGGUGGGCGUCGACUACCCGAAGUACCUCUAUCGCCCUCAAAGGAGGCACAAACUAGCAAGCCGACCUCUCCUUUCGAGGGUGCUUCCGCUGCGGCUGAACAACCAGUCAUUGCAAAGAUUCCACCAUCAGCACCGGAACCACAAAGGAGUGGCAUGCACUCGCGAUCUUGGUCUCAGAAUAAAAUCCGUCCGCUGCCCAUCCAGCCCCGGGAUGGCCCAAGUUCUCCUCAGCCAGCGUCCCCUGUCCGCUCGCCAACCAAAUACGCCUCAGAGAUUGCGACGGAGCUCAACGAAUUCUUUGGCCGCAGCCGACCGAAACGCGACUAUAGCGUGGAUGCGGCCGAGCUGUUGAUGCACCGCCCGCCUGAGCCUGCCAAGGUCAAGACGCAAUCGGUGCAGCUGUUCCGCAUCGGCCCGGAUGGCAAGAAACAGGUCGUCCCCGCUCACCAGGAAAGGAUGCUGUUCGAGCGCGAGAUGUACCUGUGCGGCCACACGUUCCUCGAUGGAUCUGGACGCCAGACUUCCGAGGUCUACUUUUGGGCCGGCGACCAAGUGCCCCCAUCGGCCAUUGAAGACGCCCAGCUCUUUGUGGGCCGCGAGGCGCGUGCUCUGGGCGGGAAGCUGAUUGGGUUCCCGCAAGGCAAAGAGACACCCGAGUUUCUCCAGGCCUUGGGUGGCAUCGUAAUAGUUCGCCGCGGUUCCAGCAACAAGUACGACUCACUGGCUCCGAGCAUGCUUUGCGGUCGGCGAUUCCAGGGGCAAGUUACCUUUGACGAGGUCGACUUCUCCCCUCACAGCCUUUGCUCUGGGUUCCCUUACCUAAUCACCCAGAACGGGAAAUGUUUCUUGUGGAAGGGGAAGGGAAGUGAUGUGGACGAGCUCUCAUGCGCCAGGCUGAUAGGUAUGGACCUGGCUCUGAUGGGCGAGCUUGUCGAGGUCGACGAUGGCAACGAGACUCCUGAAUUUUGGAACAUAUUUGACGGUCAAAUGCGGGCUGGGUCUGCCGAUCAUUGGCGACUGAAGCCAAACUACCAAAAGUACUGCGGUAGACUGUUCCGCUCCGAUGCCGGUGAUGAGCAACAGAUUGCAGAGAUAUCCCCCUUCAGCCAGGUAGAUCUGGAUCCCGCAGGCAUAUACAUCAUUGACUGCUUCUUCGAGAUGUAUAUUGUUGUUGGUUAUGGCGCUCAACCCCAGUACGCCUCCUUCCGCAACGCACUCGACUUUGCGCAAGAAUACGCCAUACUUGCAUCUUCCAUGGAAGACCGCCCGUUUGUGCCCAUAUCGACCGUAGUGCUCGAGGGCAUUCCGAGGGAUCUCAAGAGUGUUUUCCGCAAGUGGAGGGAUGCCGCCAGUCCGACAAAGAUGAAUGCAGGCGGCAGCGGUUCAAGUAACGGCAACACACCUCUGGGAAGCCCUGGUUUGCAAAGGGGUCGUAGCCUGCGCAUCGUUCCGCUCAACCAGGCACUUUUGGCGCUGGCCGAAUAGACGCAUCAUCGAACUGUAAAAAGAAAACACCUCUCUGGAAGUUGUGCUGUACAUCCCCAGCACUUGUCAUUCUAACUUCUUUACAUCAUCUACUUAUUCUUCCACAACCAUUUGUUACCGGCAGACUUUAUGGCUGUCGGCUUGUUCUUUUUUUUCGAAUUUUUUUUCUUUUUCUUUUUUCGAACGAAUUAUCGUACUCAUUUGUUCAUUGUAUUCUAUUGUGGUUUAUAUAUCGUCUACUGCAUUUUACCCCCGGCUCGUUUCUACCAUCAACCUAGCACCACCUACGAAUGGUGAUUGAAGGGCAAGAUGUAGCCUGGAGGAUGUCUCGCUGGUAUAUACAAUAGUUUCACUGUGAUCAGAGCUCAGUCAGGUCGUGUUUUCCAGGGGUGAGGGUAUUUUGUUCACUUUGAGGGUCAGUCAAAACAAAAGAAGAGGGAGAGAGGGAGGAGGAAAAAAGGUGACAACAUUAUGACGGUUAGCGAUCACAUGUUAGUCUAGUUCUUGUUGCUGUGUAUGUCGAGUGAGGAGUUGGCUGGCUUUUGAUUUUAAUGGUACG